AUGUGCAAGGAACAUGUCAUUGAAGAUGACUACAUGACUGAUGAACUUGAUAGUGGGACAGAUGAUGAUAGCUGCGAUGACAGGCCUAGUGUAAUUAGGUUCAAUGAAGAAGAUUCUAUUAGUAAGGAUUUUACUUUCAAGGUUGGAAUGGAGUUUUCUUCAUUGAAACAAUUUCAGAAUGCUAUACUAGAGUAUAAUAUUUUGAAUGGUAGGAUGUAA